CCUCCGUCCUUCUGUCUGCGGGCGUGGAGCUUGCGCCUGCCGAGUACCAGAAACGCUUUCGUCUCCUAAAUCUUGUGGUUCGGGUCGCCGGCUCGGCUGUGAUGCUGGGUCAAGAUGGGAAACUUGUUCGGGAAAAAGAAGCAGAGCCGAGUGACAGUGCAGGACAAGGCCAUUCUGCAACUGAAGCAACAGAGAGAUAAACUCCGCCAGUAUCAGAAGAAGAUCAACCUUCGACUGGAGACAGACCGACAACUGGCCAGGCAGCUGCUACGUGAAGGAAAGAAGGAAAAAGCGCUGCUGCUGCUGAAGAAGAAACGCUACCAGGAAAAUCUUCUGGACAAAACAGACAACCAGAUCAGCAACCUUGAGACAAUGGUGCAAGACCUGGAGUUUGCUCAGAUCGAGAUGAAAGUUCUGGAUGGCUUGAAAGUUGGAAACGAAUGUCUGAAGAAAAUGCAUGAGAUCAUGUCCAUUGAGGAAGUAGAGCGAAUCAUGGAUGAAACUCAGGAUGCUAUUGAGUACCAGCGGCAAAUCGAUGACAUUCUAGCCGGGUCCUUGUCUCAGGACGACGAAGAUGCUGUCCUGGCCGAGCUGGAGGCCAUCACACAGGGAGACGUUGAACUUCCAGACGUUCCCAAAGAACAGCUUCCCGAGGUUCCGGAGCAUCCAGAGCAGGAACCAGCACGAGAACGUCGAAAGAAGAAACCGGAGCGAGAACUCCUUGCAGCGUAGAACAGCCAGACCUCAGAGGCUCCGUCUACCACUGUACCACAAACAUCUCCUGUUGGAUGAGUCACAUGACUGUGCCUGAUGAUUUGCAAAACAUGAACUUUAUAUGGUUAUUUUUUGUCUUAAUGUUUUAAGUGUGCCUGCACCCUCGUGGCUAAGAACCAGUCCAAGAAGAGAUGAAAUCAUAUUUGUUCUUUUACUAUU